AUGGCCUCUCUCCAGGGUCCGCAACGACGCAAGAAUACCAAGAGCAAGAGCAAGGCGAAACCUAGGGCGCCGUCAUCGCUGAAAUCGACUCGGCCACCUCUCCUCCUCGGUUCUUCCAGGACACUGCCGACGACGACAACGACAAAGACAACCGUACCCACGGCAGCGGCGGCACCUCUGUCCCUCUCGUCAAAACACACCCGCGCCCUGAUCAACGCGCACCACUUACUCCAGAAGCGGCUCGCGCGGGCCCGCGCGCGCGACGACGUCGACCAGGUCCGCGAGAUCGAGGCCCAGAUCGCCGCGCAGGGCGGGCUGAGGUCGUACCAGCUCGCGAGCCGGACGGGGCAAAGCGCCGAGCGCGGCGGCGAUUCCAGCCGUGUGUUGGUCCGUUGGUUGGAGGGAGAGCUGAAGUGGCGCAAGGAUGCUUUACGCCGGUCGCGGCGUGAGAGUCGCGUGAAGGAAGGGAGGGUGUCGAGGACGCAGAAACCCCGGCGGCGGGAGCCCCAGCAUGAUGACGACGACGAUGACGAUGGCGAAGACGGAGAUGACGACGAGGAGGGAAGCGAGGAUGAGGAUCAGGGUGAGGGCGAGGCAGACGACUCGGAUGGCCAUGGGAAUGACGGGCAUGCUUUAGGAACCCAUGACCCCCCACCGACCGUGUCCCCGAUCAGAAUCCUCGAGAUCGGGGCGCUGAGCACGCAAAACGCCCUCAACGUCAAGGGCGUCACGCGCGUGAGGCGCAUCGAUCUACGCAGCUCGGCCGAGGGCAUCGAAGAGAUGGACUUUAUGCAGCUCCCGCUUCCCGGCGAAGGCGUCGCACGCAAUCAUGGUGGCAAAGACGCGGUGAGGGACGGCGAGCAGCCACCACAAGAGGGAGAGGGAGAGGGAGAGGGAUAUUACGACGUGCUCAGUCUCAGCCUGGUGUUGAACUACGUGCCGGACGCGAGACAGCGGGGGGCGAUGCUGAAGCGCACGACGUUGUUCUUUGCGCCAUCAUCACCGUCACCGUCACCACCGUCAUCACCAUCAUCACACCCCUCCUCUCAACCACACUCACAACCACACGCACAACCUCCAGCUCCAACACCAACGCCAACACAACUCCUCCCAUGCCUCUUCCUCGUCCUGCCCUCGCCCUGCCUCCACAACAGCCGCUACCUCACACCACCACACCUCGCCGCCAUCCUCAACUCGCUGGGCUACCGACACCUGCACACCAAGACGACGCGCAAGCUACACUACAGCCUCUGGCGCUUCGACGGGUCCGGGGCCCGAGACGAGUGGAUCCGUGGCGGUGGCGACGACACCGUGUUCAAAAAGAGGGAGAUCAACCCCGGAGGGGGCAGGAACAAUUUCUGUAUCGUGCUGGAAUGA